UUGAAGUCAUCGCAAAAAGAUAAAGUUCGGCAGUUUAUGAUCUUCACGCAAUCGAGUGAAAAAACAGCAGUGAAUUGUCUGUCCCAGAAUGACUGGAAGUUAGAUGUUGCAACAGAUAAUUUUUUUCAAAAUCCUGAACUGUAUAUACGAGAAAACAUUAAGGGAUCACUGGAUCGAAAGAAAUUAGAGCAACUAUAUAAUAGAUACAAAGAUCCUCAAGAUGAGAAUAAAAUUGGCAUAGACGGCAUACAGCAGUUUUGCGAUGACUUGGCACUAGACCCCGCCAGCAUUAGUGUCUUGAUAAUUGCCUGGAAGUUCAGAGCGGCGACGCAGUGCGAAUUCUUAAGGAUGGAAUUUAUGGACGGGAUGACAGAACUUGGAUGUGACAGCAUAGAAAAACUAAAGGCCCAGCUUCCUAAAAUGGAACAAGAAUUGAAAGAGCCGGGAAGAUUUAAGGACUUUUACCAGUUUACUUUCAACUUUGCCAAGAAUCCAGGACAGAAAGGUUUAGAUUUAGAAAUGGCCAUUGCCUAUUGGAACUUAGUACUUCAUGGAAGAUUUAAAUUCCUAGACUUGUGGAACAGAUUUUUAUUGGAACAUCAUAAAAGAUCUAUACCGAAGGACACUUGGAACCUUCUUUUAGACUUCAGUGCAAUGAUAGCAGACGAUAUGUCAAAUUACGACGAGGAAGGUGCCUGGCCUGUUCUUAUCGACGACUUUGUGGAAUUUGCACGACCUCAGAUUGCUGGAAUAAAAAGUACGACAGUGUAGUGCUAACUGAACCUUCUAACCUUGUACCUAGUCUGUACAAAUAAACAUAAUGGGGAA